ACGUAUCGGCUUUAGUUUCUGGAGUUCUGAAGUAUCUUUCAGUAACGAUUCUUUUCUGAAACCAUAUUUUCUCUAAGCGGCGAGGUGUAGUGUGAUUUUUUUUUCUCGAAAAAUUUGAAAAUCUUUUUUGAUUUAUACUAAAGCCUAACACUUAUUUUUUCAAAACGUUAUUUACAAAAUGAGCACUGCAACCGAAUCAAAUAAAAGCGAUGGGACUAAAAACAGCCUAGGAAUUCCAUCUGCGAUUUUUCUUGAAGAUGUUGAUAACUUUAUGAGACAAGAAGAAAAUCAAGAAAAUGCAGAACUAGUUCUAAAGCGCUUAGAUGAGCAACAUAGCAAAUAUAAAUUUAUGGAAAUGAAUCUUUUUAGAAAGAAACGAACAUUGAAACGUCAGAUCCCUGAUAUCAAAACAUCACUAGAUAUGUUAAAACUACUUAAAGCUAAACAAGAUACAGAAGAUACUGUUGAUACUCAAUUUAUGAUUUGUGAUGAUCUUUAUGUAAAAGCAAAAGUGCCACCUACAAAUAAAGUUGGUUUAUGGCUUGGGGCAAAUGUUAUGUUGGAAUAUACUUUAGAGGAUGCAGAAGCUUUAUUAUCAAAAAAUUUACAGACUGCUACUAAAAAUCUUACUCAGUUAGAAAACGAUCUUGACUUUUUACGUGAUCAAUUGACCACUACAGAAGUCAAUAUGGCAAGAGUUUAUAACUGGGAUGUAAAGCGAAGAACUGCUGAAAAAGAAAGAACAGCACCUACACUUUAAAAAAUUUAAAAAUGUUUGCUUUUUUUUUUCCCCUUUCAGUUUUUUAUAAUUUUUCAUUGCAAGAAUUUUUAAAAAUUCCUCUGGUUUAAAUUUGUUUGAUUUUUUGAAAUUAUUUCAAAUAACAUUUCAGUUACUAAAGAGACUUUUUGUUGAUGCUUGUAGCUUUUACUGUGUUUGAAAAAAGAAAAAAAAAAAAAAAAGAUAAAUAAUCUAUAAUGGCAAUUGCUCAUGCUUCUUCAAUACAAUAUUUUAUUCUUUUUUCAUUGAUUUCAUUUAUUUUUUAAUACUGUUGAAUGUAUUUUUACAAACUCUGUAUUUAUUAACAUACUUUUCAUUUGUUAUCGACUUUAUAUUAUUUUACAAAAAUAAUAUGUGGCUAUUACAAAAAUAAAAGUUUUGUAUUGAUA